AUGUCAUACCGUAAAGAGAAAACAUUUUCUUCGUUAUGUGCCGAGCAUCAAGCCAGCCACAACACCCUUCGCACAUCUGUUCGUGAAGAGUUUUUUGCUUCCAAGCGACAAAUAGAAGGUGAAUUUAUUCCCGUCGUUGUUGUUCCCAAUGAAGCGGGCCUUCGGGAGGUCAUAGCGCAAAUCAAGUUGUGUGACGUUCAAGCGAUGUCGACGUAUUCCUCAUACUUUUCCGAGACUAACAUGCUUCCUUUUAACUUACUGAUCGAGUUGAAUGCCUUUGAACCUUUAUUUAAUCGAGCGAUCAAUAACAACGACGACACCUUCAAUGAGAAAUUCAUGAUGUUCACCACAAACUUUCUCGUGAACAAUCAAAGUGACAUAUUUGGGCGUCAAUUGAUUAAUAUGGGCUUUAUUAAAGUCGUUGACAAGUUACUCGACUCGACAAGUCAAACUGUAGUUCUUCGCUGUUUAACAACGGUGUCAAAUUCCCUUGCAAAUUCAGCGUCGAAUUCCGACGCUUACAUUCGCUUUGGAAUUUUCGAAAGAGCCAUGUCGGUGAUACAGAAAUACAAAACAUUCGAAACAUUGCAGACUAUUACCUGGCUCUUUUCUAAUAUCUGCAGAACAAGGCUGACUACAGACUUCACAGAGAUGACCAAAAUCGCCGAUUUUUUCUUGUCGAUUCUCGUCGAUUUCGACAAAUACUCGGACCAAAUAGUGUCGGACGCGUUAUGGGGUGUCGGGUAUCUUGCUCAAACGCGACACUAUGAGUCCUUUGUGACUAGCAAAGAGUUGCUCGACACUAUCUUCCAAAUCCUCCGUCAUGGACAAUACACCAAUUUAACGUUACGAUUUCUAGGAAAUUACGCCUCGCGAAAUGGGCAUGAAAUCGACUUGAUAGUUGAUGCAAAUGUAUUUAGUUUGAUUGAAAAUGCAGUGAUGACCACGACGAAGUCGUCAACGAUCAAAGAGGCGUAUUGGGUCUUGUCAAAUAUCAUUGGUGGAGAGAACGCGACUUACUGCAAAACACUGGUAACUACAACUCAAUUAAUCCAAGCAGCCGUCGAGGCAAUCAUGCAAACAAAAUUCGAUAAUAAAGUGUUGGACGAGAUGGAGUUUGUCGUCAGCAAUUUGUUAUAUAUCUACGACGACGAACUGAUAGCGUACAUCCUAUCGCGAUGUUUAGAUGUGAUUCGAGUCUAUAUCAUUAUACUCCAAACAAGCAGAAACACACAACUCAUUUCGAGCACUUUACAAGCAGUGUUUAACGUCUUAACAUUCGGACAGAAGAAUGGAACUGAUCUUGUGGAUGUCUUUGUAGCGUUAGGAUUGCCUGAUGUUCUUGAAUCCAUUGCGAUCUACUGCACCGACAGAACAAAGAAAUUGGUCCGUGGCUUGAAAAAACAAUUCUUCCCAGAAGGGAGUGAAGCAACUUCACUCACCGACCUUUAA